CAAAAAGAAAAAUUUACAGCAAAUCAUGCAAAGAAAUAUUCUAGUGAGAGUAGUGUUUCUCCUAUGACUUCAGAUGAAAUGUCUGUGUUCUAUAAAAAGUUUCUAGAUGAAAAUUGGAAAACUCAUCAAAUGUACAAUGUUGAAUGGUACCGUAAAAAUAUUGGUCUUCUUUUGCUUGCAUUACGUGUGACUGUUUUCAAAGUGGCAAGAACUUGGAAAAUCAUUAGUAAAUUAUAAAUUGUUACAAAUGCUCUAUAAUUUAAUAAUAUAUGAUCGAUUAGGGUGAAGUUCAGAAAACAAAUGUUUUGAAAGAAGAAAAAAAAAAUUUGUUUUGUUAUUUAAUUUUUAAUUACUUUUUUUGAGUAUGAAUGGUUUCAUUUGAUAAACAAACGAAACCCAUUCAUUCACUUACUAUUUAUUACAAUUAUUUGUACUGUAAUUGAAUGGAAAGUAUCAAAAUAUUGAGUAAUUUGCUCAUGAAUCUAGUCGGAAACAAAUUUGUGAAAGCAAACUAAAUGGAUUUGAAUGUUUUUAAUAAAUUCUUAAUAUUCUAUUUGUAAGGAAUUAUUUAACUCUUUUGUAGUGGAUUAGGUUUUUAGAGGCCUCCAUUCUAGAAAAUCCAAAUGGGCUACCCCAUUUGCACAAUGUGGGUACAAUUGCCUAACAUUAAAACAGGAGUUUUAAAUCUAAUUUAUGAAUAUGUGCCUCAUAUUUUAAAUCAUAUUUAACUAAAAAGAUAGUAUGCUCCAUUUUAUGUCAUCAAGAUUCCCAACCUUGGAUCACUCCUCAUCAAUUGUGAAAUUUGUAUGAUAUAUAAGAAGAACAGAAGGAUAUAUUGUCCCUAUCAGGCAAAACUGGGAGAGUGCAUAGAAUGAAAAUAAACUUGUGCGCAUGUAAGAUGAUGUGUCAUACUCAGUCAGCAUUGCCAGUAAAGUGUAUCAUGAUCACAACCUUCAAGAUUGUAAAAAUAUAUUUUACUAAGACAGGCUAAUUCCAAAACUACAAGAGAAUUUUUUUGGUUCUAAAUACUUUCAAUUCUUUUUGAACAGGAACCCGACUUAUUGUGGGUCAACGGUAGUCCCCAAUGUAUACCACAAUUACUAUGUUCCUGGUGUUGUAUAAUAUUUUGGUAAUAGAUUAUACACCAAAGGUAUAAAAGCACAAUUUUUCCUGGUGUGCGUUUGAAGCACAUGGGAUGUAAUUGCUCUGAGGGAUAAAUACAUUUCUCUUUGGAGGUUUAUAUGCUAUUGUUUCCACAACAACAACAUCAACAACAAAAAGUUUUUGUGAAGAUUACAUUAAAAAAAUAGUACACCACAAGAUACUGAAUUUUUGAUAUUCAAGUAGAUUUUUUUGUUGUUGUAAAGGUACCGUAUAAUGGUCAACAAGCACCUACUUUUGAUGAUCAGUGGUAGAAUGAAAUUCAAGUGUUCAGUCUUUUUUAUGUUCUAAGUAAACAAGGGAGAAAAUGUUAUUUCCCUAGGAAGCAAAUGUUUUACUCGAGCUUUGCAUUUCGUAAUGAAGAAACAGACUUCUACUUCCACUCAUGGAAAAAUAUUUAAGUAACCAAGGAUGAUAACCAAACUAUCAUUCCCAUCUUUUUACCAUAAUUUCAGAAGAGCUGAAAUUUUAUGAUAACAUAUUUCAUGAAAACAAGAGAUCAAAACAAAAUCUGUUGUAGCAUCCAUUUCUCAUCAUAGAGAUGUCCACGGUCUAAGUCCAUCAUAGAUAUGUCCAGAGAUUAAGAAAACUUGAAUUUAGUGGCUAGAAUUUAUCUUUGAAAUUGAGUUGAAAAUGACAAGCAUACUGCUUCUGUAUCACCUGUACAGCUUUAAUGUUUGAAUUAAAUGGAAAAAAUAAUUAAUUUUUUAGUUCAGGGGUCAUCCAGAAAUUAAGUAAUCCUAAAGAGGAAAUAGUAAGUUUGAGACAGCAUUAUGCUGUGUAAUAUGCAUGUAGUGGGAUGUUAGUUUAGUGUUACAUAGCACUAUUAUUGUUUGUUUGAUUUAUGCGACAUUUUCUGAAAUACUAUAAUUUCUUUUAUUCAGUCUUAAAAUAAAACUUUAAAAUAUGAACAAAAAAAAAGUUUUAAUGUAUAAUCCCAGUAUGCAGGGCCUCCAAAGCACU